AUGGCACAAAAAGGAACGCGCAUAGGGCCGCUGCCUGGGGGUCGCCGGAGCGCGUCUGGAGCUGGCGCUGGACGCGGCAGCAUGCGGGCCGCCAGCCGAGUGCGAGGAGCUGCACGAUCACCUAGCAGCCCCUCGCAUCCAUCAUCCCCACCAGAAGGCUUGGUGUCGGCUGGGUCUUCUCGGACCCAGCAAGCGGCACCCGCCGCUGGUGGAGCACGUCGCAUGCGUUGGACAAAAUCCAUGAACGAAAACGCAUUGCGGGCGUACUAUAGGGCGAAAGGGGAAGAAACUGUGGGAAUAGCGUAUAGGUCUCGGAUGCAUUGCUUUUUUGCUGAGCUGGAGCCGUCUAUCCCCGUCACGGAACAAAACCUGGCAGACCGAGUUCGGUACAUCAUGCGCUCGAAAAUAUUUGAUGAUGCCGAACUCGAACGACUACGACGUGAGGCUAUUCCGUCGUCGAAUGAAUCGGCUAUGGCUGGAGAUGCAGCUCCACAUUCGACAGACCAGCAUCCACACGUGGAAGCCGCCAUGGAUCUUCCAGUUGUGGUUGAUUCGAACGACGAUGAAAUAGUCUCCCACGAACUAGAGCAAAUGAGGAGUAUAUUGGAAGAGGCGAUUUUGGAAACGCGCAGCACCCCUCUCGAAAAUCGACCGCGACUUCCCCGCAUACCCUUAAGCAAGCGAAAUCGGGCUGUCGUGAGGGCUCUUAACCCAAUGCUGGUGACCUAUUUGGAAGCCAGCCGGGACCUUUGCGAGACGGACUCGAUUCUCUUUGGCGCCGCAGUGGCAGUUUGCCGUAUUAUUGGUGCCAAACUUCUCAUGGCUGGACGCGCUACUACACAAAGUAGCGCAAUCCCAGCCUGGAGAAAGAGAAUCGAGGACCGUAUCGCAAAGGCAAGGGCCCUUAUCGGCAGACUGACAAGCUUCAGGUCGGGUAAUAAUAGACCGAGGAUUAUGCGCACCGUUAGGAUGGCGUUUGCUGGGACAAAUAUCAGUUUGUCCCAGCCGGAUAUCACGCAGAAACUAACGGAGCGCAUAGACGACCUGAAGCAAAAGAUCGCUGCUUGGGGGAAGCGGAUUCGACGAUUUUCCGAGGGGUCAAGGCGGUUCAACCAGAAUCGUCUCUUCCAGAGUGAUCAGAAGAGGCUCUAUAAAUUAUUGGAGCGACCAAAGGUAUGUGGAGCGGGCCAAGGACCGGAUCAGGCUGACAUUAUCGCAUUCUGGCGUGGCCUGUGGUCAGAGCCCGUAAACCACAGUGAGGGCCCUUGGAUGGAAGUUGUGGCGAGCCAGGGUGCGAGUGUUACGCCUAUGGACCCCAUCACCAUAACGCCAGAAGACGUGGCUGAGGCGGUCCGUAGGGCCCCGAACUGGAAAAGUCCGGGGCUCGACGGGCUGCAUCAUUACUGGCUGAAGGGGUUCGUGGUGUGUCACGCUGUGCUCGCCCGACAGUUUCAAGAGGCUCUCGACCAGAAGUCACUGCCAAGCUUCUUCACUGCUGGGAUCACUUACUUGGUUCCUAAAGAUCAGGAUACCACAGACCCGAGCAAAUACCGCCCCAUCACGGCGAAAGGGGGAGAAACUGGAUGUUUGGCGUAUCGGGCUAGGAUGCAUCGUCUUUUUGCUGAGCUGGAGCCAUCUUUAACCGUCACAGAGCAAAACCUGGCAGACCGAGUUCGGUAUAUCUUGCGCUCAAAUAUAUUUGAUGUCGCCGAACUCGAACGGCUACGACGUGAGGCUGUUCCCUCGUCGGAUGAGAAUGCUACGGCUGAGGAUGCGGCGCCACAAAUGGUAGAGCAACCAGCAAACGUGGAUGCCGCCGUGAAUACCCCAGUUGUGGUUGAUUCAAACGAUGAUGGAACAGUCGCCCAGGAACUGUAA